AUGGUUUGGCGUUCAGUCGACUGUUCCCUUUUACUUGUGAGCUACAGCUCGCUGCAUGGGCAUACGUACGAUCGGGUCGACGGCAAGCGUGAAGAAGAGAAACUUCUGUUCGUACUUUUGUAUCUCUACAUGAGUUUGAGCUGUAACGAGGUAUAUCACGCUUUCGGCUUUAGUCCGAGCGAAUCCCCUGCUGGAAUUUCCACUGAACACGUGCCGACGUUGCUGUGCGAUCAUGGCUUUCUGAAGCGAAUGGCCGACGACACUUCGAGUGCCAGCCGUUUCAAACCAAUCAAAUUCGACCCAAACGAGGUGCUGAAGAAACCGCGUAUUACGUUUUUGGAUCCGGGCGACGACGAACCCGGUACCGACAUCGGCAUCGAAUCAGUGCUUGACCAGAGCGGGUCGUCCGACGAACCUGACGAAUUGGUAAUGGCCGACGAAUUAAAGACGAACUUUUCGAUGUUGAUGCACAGCAACGGGAUGCACAAAGCGUCCAACUGCCCGAAGGUAAUCAUUUCCAAGAAGCUGAUGAUCAAAAAUCUGAUAAUUGAACCAGCGGUCCCCGUUGACGAUGUCGGCGACUACGCCGAGUCAACGUGGAAACGUUUGGAAGAAGCAGUCAAGGCGAUCCAGCAUCGUCAGUUCGUCGCGACCGGUUUCGAAGAACUAUUUCAGUCUGUGGACAGUUUGUGUGCAAACGAUCAAGCAGAGUGGCUUUAUGAGCGGCUUCGCGUGCUGUGUGAGGAACAUAUCCGGUACGACUUGCGGCAGUUCCUUGAUUCCUCGUUAGACGGCGAGACGUUUCUGAAACAACUGAAUUCUUGCUGGCAGUGGCACUGCGAUCAAAUGGUAAGGCAAACGGUUUUUGGCUCUGUUUGUUUUUUCCAGUGGGCACAUUCGUACGUCUAUGCUGGCGCAUCUUCGGACAUGGGACUGGAUCUGUUCCGCAACGUAAUAGUCAAGGACGUCGCAGUGGAGCAGCGGACUGUUGACUGCAUUCUGCAGAUGAUCGACCGCGAGCGGCACGGUGAUACCGUCGACCGCCUGUUGCUAAAGAGCCUACUGCGAAUGCUGUCAACCCUGCAGAUAUAUGCGCCAAUGUUCGAGGGUCGCUUCCUAACUUCUACGGCGCAGCUCUACGCGGCGGAGGGCCAGGACCUGGUGCAGAAGCAGGACGUGCCGUCCUACCUUGCGCACGUCAAGAAGCGCCUCGGCGAGGAGCUGGAAAGGGUCUAUCAGUACCUGGACUAUUCGACGCGAAAGGCUCUGAUUUCCUGCGUUGAACACGAAAUGAUCGCGAAGCAUGUCGACGUCAUACUGGAGAAAGGCUUUGAAAUGUUAAUGGACGAAGGUCGCUCGAUCGAACUCAGUACGUUGCACGACCUGGUAAGUCGAGUGACCACCGGGCUGACCGACAUGAAGAUAUCGUUCGUCGCGUACAUCAAGCGCUCCCUAUAUUUUCGAUUUAAUCGUCAGCGUUACAAAUCAAACGUGAUAAUCACCAUGUUUCAGCGGAUCGGUACUGCCAUAGUAAUGGAUGUCGAUCACGACAAAACGAUGGUGCAGGAGCUGCUGGAUUUCAAGGACAAACUGGACGACAUUACGAAUAACUGCUUUGGCAGAAGCGAGCUUUUCUUGAACGCUACUCGCGACUCGUUCGAGUUCUUCAUCAACCAACGUCUGAAUAAACCGGCAGAGCUGAUUGCAAAGUUUCUUGACGCCAAGUUACGAAUUGGCAAUAAGGCUGCCACCGAAGAAGAGCUUGAGCGACUGAUGGAUAAAGUGAUGGUUCUGUUUCGAUUCAUACAUGGCAAAGACGUGUUCGAGGCAUUCUACAAGAAAGACCUGGCGAAACGUCUACUUUUGGGCAAAAGUGCGUCUGUGGACGCCGAGAAAUCAUUGCUGUCUAAACUGAAACAAGAAUGUGGAUCCAUGUUUACGAGCAAGCUGGAAGGUAUGUUCAAAGACAUGGAGCUCUCAAAGGAGCUAGGCCUCGCUUUCAAGCAGUUUCUGAAUAACGCGUCGACCCUGAAGCUGAAUAUCGACAUGACGGUUAAUAUUCUGACCAUGGGCAACUGGCCAACAUAUAUUCCCAUGGACGUAAAUGUGCCUUUGGAUAUGGUCGAGUACCUGGAGGUGUUCAAAAAGUUUUAUCUCGGGAAACACAGCGGCCGAAAGCUGCAGUGGCAAUACUCGUUAGGCCAGUGCCUGCUGAAGGCCAGGUUUAGAUCAAACGUCGGUUCUGAGAGCAAGCCUGCUGCCGAAUCAUGGGCCAUAGGUUAUGCAUCCAGCGAAAACGUGGUUGAGAAUCAGCGCCGUGGAGAUUCUGCCUUUCGUGUACUCAGAAAUGUGGACCGCAUUCAGCCGUCCGUGCAAGACAUUAUAGAAAUGGUGGUCUUCCAUUCGUACUUGCGAUGGUUUCUGUUUUUCGGGGAUUAUUACUAUGAUGUAUUUUGGACGCAAAUCACCUUCGUUACGGCUGCGUGUUCGUCAACCGCUUGGUCAAAUGCUUUCGUUUGUUUAGAGGACGGUGAACUGAGGCGGACUUUGCAAUCGUUGGCUUGUGGAAAGUUUCGCGUAAUCCUCAAGACUCCUCGAGGACGAGAUGUAGACGACGGUGAUCGUUUUAUUUUUAACGAAAAGUUCGACGACAAACUUAUCAGAAUUAAAAUCAACCAAAUUCAGAUGAAAGAGACGAAACAGGAACUGCAGCAGACGACGGAACAAAUCUAUCAGGAUCGACAGUAUCAGAUCGAUGCCGCUAUCGUGCGAAUUAUGAAAAUGAGAAAAAUUCUCAGUCAUAACUUGCUGAUUUCAGAACUUUACAGUCAGCUUCGUUUCCCCGUUAAGCCCGUCGAUCUGAAGCGACGUAUAGAAAGCCUGAUCGAGCGGGAUUACAUGAACCGCGACACCGAUGAUUCGAACAGUUAUCACUACGUGGCGACAAUGGGUAACAAGCCGACGAUCAACGAGCAGGUAAUAACGGCUGAAAAAUGUGGCGUUCUUCAGCUCAGUGGCUAUUCACUGAAAGAGCUGCCGCCGAAAUUGUUGAAACUGAAGUCAACUCUACGAUCUCUCGACAUAUCUAGUAACCGGAUCGUUGAGUUGGCACAGUUUAUCGGUCAGCUGGAUAAGCUGAAAAAAUUAAAUUUGAAUAAAAACCGUCUGAAAAGUUUGCCGCAGGAAUUUACGGCUCUGGUGAGGCUGGAGGUGCUGACGAUAAACAACAACGAGCUGAUGAGUUUGCCAUAUGGCAUGUGCGCGUUUCAGAAUUUGAAGGUGUUAGAGAUCUCGCACAACAUGCUGCAGGAGUUUCCGAUUAUCGUGUGUCAGAUGAAACAGCUGGACGUGCUGGACUUGUCGAUGAAUAAGAUCGAGUCCAUUCCGGACGGAAUCGAAGGCCUGAACGCCAUGGAGUUGAACAUGAACCAGAAUCAGCUGCGCCUCGUCUCUGAACGCAUUGUCAGUUGUCCUAGGCUGAAGGUGUUGAGGAUCGAAGAGAACUGUCUGUCGCUGGAACCAGUGCUCGACAGAAUAUUGCGAGAGUCGACCGUGUCCCUUUUAUGUGUCGACGGCAACCUGUUCGAUACGAGAAAGUUCCAGCAACUUCCUAGCUAUGAUAUAUACAUGGAGCGGUAUACGCGCUCGAAAAAGAAGCUCUUUUGA